UGUUCAACGUGCCUGCGUAUGCAUCACCGACAAACUUUCCUGCAGUUGUUUGGCUUUUCAUGCUGUAUGGGUGGUCUAUAACUCCUAUUAUGUACCCCUUCGCAUCAUGGUUUAACGAGGCCAGUUCUGCAUACGUAGCUAUGAUCGUCCUUAAUCUAUUCGUUGGUAUUACCGCGACGGUCACUACMUUCAUACUSCAACUCUUCCCCGAUGAUGAGGUACUUACAGACAUCAACAGCGUUCUAAAGGACAUUUGUCUUGGAUUUCCAAACUACUGUCUUGGGCGUGGUUUAAUGGAUUUAGCAUACAAUCAGUAUAUGACGGAAUACUACAACCAGAUAGGUUUGUUUUGUGCAGGAACAAUACAUCAAGUGUUCUGGAAUAUCACUCAUGAAUUGAUCAGUUGUUCCAUAGUUUAAGGCUAACUAUGAU